GCCACGAGCAACUGCAUGGUCUGCAUGAGUGAAUUUUAACUCUGUCGACUGCAMGAUACAUAUAACUUCAAAUGUGAAUGAUUGUAUUGCUUUUGUGUAGACAAUCAUAGUAAUAUUUUAGACGAACGCAUUUCAACACGUCGUUUGCAAUUAGUUCUCGUACGGAAAGUCCAAUCACGGCUGUGCACUAUGGACGCCAUCGUGGAACACGUUUACGCUGAACCCAGCGUACCACCAGUUAUCGCCAUUACAGAAGUGGGUCAUCUGAAUUCAUCAACGUUUUUAGAUUGUGGUAUGGCAAUUGAGAAAACAUCUAAUAGACCUGURUUAAAAAUAUUCAAUGAACACGGUGGUACAGUUGAAGAAGAAGAUCCUAGUAGAAAGGAAAACGGAAAAAAAUACUUAAUUUUGAGGAAUAAAAAGACAAAUAAGGUUUCAGUUUAUGGUGCCAAUGUAACUUAUCUUAAAAAGCCUGAUUACUUUAAAAUGAAAACAUUUGAAGACCAAACAUUGACUGAUAAAAGUCUAGAAUUUAACUCAGUAUUUGGAACUAAAAAGUCAUCACGUGUUUCCAGGUCUAAAGUUGACAAUGUUGUUGAUGUUUCAACAGAUGUCUUUGAAAAUAUUUCUUGUUCUUCUGAUGUAUUACAAUCAUCAUUUUCUAAGAUGAGUGAAUUUUUAAUAUAUUUACCACUGGGAUGUAACCGUUUAUCCAGUAAAUUAGAAACAGUUUAUCCAGUUUCUACAUUGUUGCUUGAAAACGAAAUAGAUUUAAUGACUGAUUAUGCAAAAGAAGUGAUCAGUAUGUUACCAAUAUCUUCUGAAAAUGAAGACAGUUUAUCAACAUUUUUCAUCACAAAUUUGAAUCGGUUAUCUCAUAAAACUGUUCAAAAUAUCUGCUUGCUUUCCUUGGCUGAUGGAUUGAUUGAAUUGUUAAGACUGAAAUCUGCUGAUUUGAACUAUAGAAAUAUUGAAAUUUACCCAAAUUGUGAAGUAAUAAAUUUUAAAGUGUUGGAUAAUUUUGUUGAAUACAGUGUAACUGGACGAGAUUUAACAUCUAAAAUGAAGGAUAAAGCUGUAUGUCAUAUAAUUAUAAUUAUGAUGUUAAUCAACAUGUAUACAUUUGAUUUAAGUUGGAUAUCACCAUUUCUUCCACCAAGUAGUCAAAGAAGAUUGCCAUUGCUGAUGAAAGUAGUAGGAGCAACACUAUUGAAAGAUGAUCCAACUAAGUACACAAUGAAAAUGCCAUUAGCAAGUCUUCCUGCUUUUCAAAAACUAUCAAAAAAAAGUCGUAAAUAACCAACUAAAUUUAACUUUCAAUUUAUACUUGUCAGUUAUAGCAUAUGUUUAUGUCUUUUUAAUAAAAAAAAACCAUUUUUAGUUUA